AUGGCGGUGGCUUCGGAUCGGGAGGGCCGGUGGUCCAAGGAGUGGCUGGCUGCACUACGAGCAAUCUCUUCGUUCUGCCUCCCACACCUUUUCGGCCCCCAAUCAUCGAUUGAGUUGGAAGUGAAGCAGAGUUUCAGGCAGGAGUCCGAUCUCCAUGGGGGCGACCAGAACGGGACUGAUCUCCCUAAGAUCCUCUCCGGCUUUCGCGUUUACGCGGCGAAGGCGGAGACGGUGAGCAAGGUGAUGGACAUGGUGAAGCAGCAGCUGGCGCUGGGCGAGGACGCGGUGCGGACGCCAGAGUCCAAGUUCGCCGAGUUCGGCGCCGACUCGCUGGACACGGUGGAGGAGUUCAAGAUCACGGUGGAGGCCGCCGACCUCAUCGACAAGCUCGUCGACGAGAAACCCGCAGCGUGAUCGUCAGUCCUGCUACCUAGAUGGAGUACGUUGAUAUUGCCGGCAGAUUUUCGUCUUCUUUCUUUCCAGCCUAGCUGGUGUCGUUGUCCCUCAGUCCCCACGUUAAUUCUUCUUUUUGCGAUUUUAAGCUGUAUGUGCUUGUGUGAUUCGAAGAGUUUUUGUUAGGCCUGAUCGACCGAAACAUGCUCCGGA